AUGGGUGAGCGCGAGAGUGCGUGCGUGAGUGGAAGUGUUUACCCCACAACUGUUGAUGUUGUUGUUGUUGUUGUCGCUGCUGUUGGCGCGGCGGAGCCACAGAAGAACUCGCCCCCUGCCUCCUUUUUCCAAAUGGGUCCUGUUUUUGAGACAACAAAUAAAGAUGCUCCAUCGGGUGCAACUUCCGUUGUUUGCAUUAGUGGUCGUACUAGUCGUCGUCAUCGUCUUCGUGCAAACCACUCGGAUUUCGUGGAUGAUAGCGGCGGUGGUGAUGCUGGUGGUCCAAUGUUUCCAAAUGCGAGACGGCUCUGCAGAGAGGGCUACCCCAAUGUACGCCACUGCAGGCACUCGUACCACGGCGUGUGGCACGACAGCUGCGCUAAAUGGGUGAAGCGCAUUGCACCUGCCAAUCGCUGUCUCCCACCCAUCCCAGACGAUGAAAGCCUGACUCCCACCACCAUCCGAAGACCACGUGUGCCCCGAAUGGGUACUUGCGUACCCCCACGUCCUCCUACUACUUCUACAACAUCGAAUUCUAGGUCGCCUUGGCAUUCACGAGUUGAUAAUGGUUAUAAUAGAAACUCCUGCGAAUUAGUUGUAAAAAACAACCGUGAUGAUGAUGAUGACGACGAUGGCAGCGAGUUUCGUCCCAGUUCGGCACCUUCAGAGCAUUCCUACGCGGUGUACUUGACUACUCCGUUGCGACAACUGACUCAGCAACGUGGUCCUUCCUCUAAGAAUCCACGGUGUGAGGUCUGGUGUCCUACCAAGGCGGUGAUUGGGUGCCACUCGCGUCGCUCCCACUCGUCCAACACUGUGGCGCCCAAGACGACAUCGGUGUCGACGAUAACCUCCGGCAAUCCGGACAUCAUCAACGGGAUGUAUCGCCUGAAAGUGAAGUGGUCCAGUGAGACCCCAUUUAAGAGUGAGUUCCUAGGGAACAAAAGUCUUAUCAGGAAAUAUCGCCAACGUCGAGGAGGGCGCAAACGCCAUCGAUCGAAGGAGGAGGCAGAGGAAGGGGAGACAGGAGAGGGAGGAGAUCGUGAGUACGACUUAGUGGAGACAAACAAUGAGGAGGGAUUGAAGGAAGACACCCAAGUGCCUUCUUUGAAACCACCGAUGGUUCAGGCUGCGGCAUCAUCCCUACUGACCCAACACAUCACUCGUAGUCAAAGGAGGAGUGGCAAACAGCAUCAUCAUCACCACCAGUCCAGUUAUGAUUCGCCUUGCCGGCUUGUCACCAUGCUUGUCAUCUAG